AGUUAACAGUGCUCAAGAGCAGACUACAAAAGGGGUUUUCCGUUUUAACAGUUGUCGAGCAUAAGAAUAAUGCUUUGAUCUUUAAACUGAAAAUGGAUUAUGCCUAAUAAGUCUCUUUAACCCGUAUUCAAACAACCGCGCUUCUGUGUUUCUGCGCGCAGAUGAUUUUAUCUGGAAGUCUUGAAGAACCGCGAAGACGGAGCCACGAUGCGAUCAAUUCCAUCUAAAAAUGGUACGUGAAGUAUUGAACAGAGCGAGCUGGAAAACGUAUCGGACAGUAAUGCAGUCUUAAUGGGUCUAAAGUCCGUCUCGAUGAAAAUCUAAAACGGAGGACGAAAGUGUUUUUCUCAAAUGGAGCGACACAGCAGUCUCGUUUCCAUGUGGCUUCAGCUCGAGUUUUGCGCGAUGGCUGUUCUCCUCACUAGAGGAGAAAUAAGAUGUUACUGCGAUGCUCCCCACUGCGUGGCUACUGGUUACAUGUGCAAAUCAGAGCUGAACUCCUGCUUCACACGCAUCUUAGACCCUCAAAGCACCAAGUCUCCUCUCACUCACGGGUGUUACGACCCUCUCCUGAACUCAGGAGACAUUUGCCAUCCAGAGUCAACAUAUGAAACCAUCCAUGGACAUGCUACACUUCAGUGUUGCCAUGAGGAUAUGUGCAAUUACAGAGGCCUGCAAGAUCUCUUGUACAGAGGAGAAGAAAGUCAAGACAGAAGUCGACAUCAAACCGAAGGGAAUCGACAUGUGGUAGCACGACUCCAAGAAAUCUCAUCUUCCAAGGAGGUAUGGUUCCGUGCUGCGGUCAUCACCGUGCCCAUCGCUGGUGGCCUCAUCUUGGUCCUCCUCAUUAUGUUGGCCUUGCGCAUGCUCCGUAGUGAAAACCGCAAACUGCUACAGCAGCGGCGAGAGAUGCUCUCCCGACUUCACUACAGCUUCCACAGCCAGCACCUCACCAAGGGUCAGGUGGCCAAACUGGACCUAGAGUGUAUGGUGCCAGUCGGAGGCCAUGAGAACAGUUGCCUGACCUGUGACAAGGUUCGGCACUCUGACCUUAGUAGCCAGAGACUUCUAUCGUUGGUCCAGUGGGGAAAGUAUAGUGGCCGAGGGAAGCUGGAGUUUGUCUGACAUCUUUGGAGUUUGUUUUCCUUUGUCAAUUCGGAAAGGACUCAUUGGGAUAAGACUUGAACUUGAAUCCUUCUAAAGAAGAUACUGCAAACAAGAAAUGAGAAAAAGAGAACACUUGAAAGCUCUAACCGUAUAGUUUUUACUCUAGAAGCACUUUACUUGAAUAAGAGGCUUGAGGAGAAGAGUGACUGUUUUGAAUUGUAGACUGAGAUGUUGAGCGGCUUCGGGCUGGUAUUCUGUCUUAUCCCUGAAGAAUUCCCAAAAAUAUAUUUCUAUUUUGAAAUUUGCACUUUUUGUAUAAAGAGACUAUGGUUUGUCUGCUUUAUUAGUUGUGUUAGACUAGUUAGUUGAAGAUAACCUCUGGUGUGUGUAUUUGCUCUGUUCUGAAACGUAGUGAGCUUCCUACACAGGCAGCGUUUUAAGGUCCCAGUGAGAAGGCUGUUCCAAAAGCCUUCUUAGAUGGAUACAAUGACACCCGGGACGGAGAGGUUUGGCGACCUUGGUGUGCAAACAUGUUAAGUUUGUACAUUUGUACAGAGAUGAUUUCACGCCAAAAAAUGACCAAAAGAAAUUACUAAAACAGCAAUUGCUAGUGGGAUGGCCAAUGGGUUGUCCAGGCUUCGGUCCAUGGUGGCCACGGCCUCCCCUGGCCAUGCCCUAGCUCUGCCACUGAUGCUAUCAUCAACAUCUACUGGAAUAAAUUAUUAGUUGAAUCUCCAGUGAGUUUGAGUGAGGAGCAAUAUUUGCAAUACACUCAACAUUGCUGCGAAGAUCAUUCCAAAUCAGCCUCUUAUAAUCAUGCUGCCUUAAGGGCCGUUCAUACGGAACCCUUUUUUUUUGUGUGCGUCUACUCUCUUUUUCCAUUUUUUUUUAUUUGUAAACAUACACUAGAUGGACAUUUUUGCUUCACUUCAAGCGCUAUUACCUUCUCUGUGUUUUUCCCCUCUAAGGUUGCACUCCACUGAUGGUUAGGUUUAGGGUUGGGGUUUGGAGGUACUGUUACUAAAGCAGGCAUUCCUCUUACUGUAUUACAUUUACGGUAAAUAACAACUCACUUUUGGCAUCCCUCUGUGGACAUUUCACCCAUAAACUGAAGCACAGAAGGAGUUUAGCACAAGAAAUAUCCAAAUACUUUUUCCAAAUUCACAGUUUGUCUAGUUUUUUUUGCACAAGAUUGCAUUCGGUUUGAACAGCCCUUUAUAGGCAGUAGCCAGCAAGUUCUCUACGUUUUGGACGUUGUUUGACUUUUUAGUGUUAAUAUUCACCAGUCACCUUUGAUCUGCUUAGAUUUUGCUCACUGUACAGAUCUUUCAUUGUAAAUAUUACAUGUUCAACAAGGAAUCACUUUAGUAGUGUCAUUUUUGCUUUCAAAGCGCUUUAUUCUAUAAUGCUCUUAUUCACUGAGUGUUUGGCGCCACAUUGGGUUGUACUGUGAGGCUGUUUCAUGCGAUAUUGACAAGCUCAUUAUCCCCAGAGGGAGAAGUCUUGGCUGAAGUCUCAUUGUGUCAACACGUACACAGUUGCAACCGCUUGACUGAGACAUUGGAAUCAUUAGCAGCAGCAUGAGGACAUGGGAGUGUAGUGUGGUAGCUAUUACAAUCAUGUCUUGUUUUACAGUAGCACUACACUUCUUACUGACUCACCCUGGAAACUCUUCCCCAGGCCACAGUCACUCAGUCAGCCUCAAACUUUCACACUGCUGCUGGAAUUCGAUGGGAAAUUAUCCUCUAUGUAAACUUAGCCUAUCACACUACUUAUUGUUAAUUCCACUGUACUGAAGGAAGGUGUGGUUGACAAUGGAGCUAGACAGUCCAUUUGUACUCCUUAAUUUAGCUGUAUUGCAAACACAAAGUGAAGUGAGUCCUAAAAUCCCCUUAAAAAAUGUCUUAUAGCAUAGAAUCUCUCUUUAACAUUGGCUUUAUUUUGUCAGUAUAGAUCAUAAGGAUGAAAUGUGUUUAAAUAAAAUCAAAGCACAAUAUGCAGACAACUAGAAGUAGUUCGAUUACGCUGACGAUUGUAAACACUGGCUCUGUGGUGCUAUAAAAUAAUUGUUCUGUUUUAGUAUCGGCACAGCAACAUUGACGCAACCAGUGGCUUGAGUUUGGGUUGGGACUAUCCCUUUGGCUGGAAACCUGUUUGAAAACGGUCAUUAUUUUUUGCAUUUCCGCUUGGUGCCAUUAGUGGUGCUAAAAAGCUCACUUCAGCUUUAAACACUGUUGUUUGUUUCCUCACAAAGUAGUUUUUAUACUAGGAGGUAAUACAGGAAAUGCUCUCAGAGGAAAAAACAGGUACUGUCAUUUUGCAAAUAGUUCAUUUUAGGAUACCGAGUAUUAACUGUCUCUUUCAUAUGCUUCCUCUCAAAUUUGUCCCCUGUACACUUUCCAAAUAAUUGCAGCCCUGCACUCUAAGCCUCUGGCUCAAUGCACCAGUAGUUAACAGUUAUUGUUUGCCAUUGGAGGAGAAAUCAAGCUUUAUUGCAGUGAAUUGGAUAAAAGGCAUGUUCUUUUGACAGUAAUAACAGGGAACUUCUUCCCUGGCCCACAUGUAUUUUAAAACAAACUCUGAAAUGGUUUAAUGUGCAUUUUUGCAGAGGUUAACAUCAGGGUAGAGGAAAAAGGACCACCCUUCUUUCUGUUGCCUUGUAGGGCUGCUUAUUCCAGAAGAUAUUUCAAUGUGUUUGACAAACCCUGCACUGGUGCUGCAAAAUACAUCUGUGGUUAUAACAUACUAUGAAGCUUGUUUAUGGAUUGGUAAUCAAUAUUGUGUCAUAAGAGUGUCUCAUGAUUGUCCGGAUUGCAGUAUUUGGAAUUUGUCUGAAUCCAUUAUAUCAUAUUUGGAUGUAUUUAUGAACCUCUCCAUUGGAAUCACAAAUGUUUAUGAGUUGUUAACAAUAACCAUCAGCAUGUUUCAUACAUACAGUACACUCUCGUCCUCUGAAGUGCUGUUAAUAUCUGCCUGCUCAAACAUGUCAGAUAAUAUCAGAGUUUAAUGAGAGUCUUAGAAACUGUAAGGAGUCCAGUGUCCCUGCAGUCAAAUAAAACAUGUUAAAGAAGAAACAAACCCCUGCAAAACCCAUCAAAUUAGCUUAAUAAAAAAUAUGACCAGAAUCAGUGUUCUAGCUCUCUCAAAAUAUGUCUCCACGGAGGAGCAUUUUUCUCUCUCUGAAAGUCAGGACAUCAGCAUUUCCAUUGCUCCAAUACCACUCCAUCCCGAGCAUAGGCUAACAUUUACAAGAAAGAUGGAUUUUGUCAAAUAGGCCUACAAUCAGAAAAUGACAGAUGUUUAGAAUGAACGACAGUGGGGGAGGUAGCCUACAGUAAUAAUAAGCUACCACAAGCAAAUAUUCAUUGUGGAAAUAAAAAGACUUGUGGCCUGAACAAUUUCUGUAAUUGUAUCAACUGUAUUUGCUGAUUUGGAUUAAAAUGCCCCAUAAAUACUUAUCAGUAUAAAUUGUUCCAUUUUUCUAUUUUAUUUAUUUAUAAAUAAAAUUGGAGUGAUGUGAAUCUUAACUAAAGAAGUUUACAGACGCUUAAAGUACAUUAAUUAAAAGUA